AUGGCCACCCAAAUCCCUCGCGUUCCAACGUCACAGCUCUUCUCUUUAGAAGGCAAAACAGUGGUCGCUACUGGAGGUACCGGCGGCCUGGGGUUGGAAAUCUGUAUCGCUCUUGCAGAGGCCGGGGCCGAUAUCGUGUCCAUCCAUCUUCCCCGGGACCCCGGCCAGACCACGCUGGAAGAAGGCGUGAGAAAACUCGGCAGGAAAGUGAUCGGGUUCGAGUGCGAUGUCGGAGACUCGAAGCAACUCCGGGAGACUUUUGACCGCAUGUGGAAGGCGGACGUCGUGCCAGACAUUCUUUUGAACUGUGCGGGCUUGAAUCGGAGGGGUCCCAUUGAGGACAUGACCGAUGACAAGAUUGACCUGGUUGGUGAUGGUCGUGGUCGUGCUAGCCCCUGGCCAGGCGCCGCGCACGCGUUCAACCUGAAAGGGGCCUACGUCGCCGCUCAAGAAUUCGGACAACGUUUGAUUCAACUUGGUCGGCCGGGAAAGAUCAUCAACUUUGGCUCGUUUACGUCUUACGUGGCAAUGACCAACGUCUCGGCAUAUGCGGCGACCAAAGGAGGAGUUUUACAAAUGACCAAAGCUUUCACACUGUUGGACCAGUUCCCCGAAAUGGAGGAAUACAUUGUCAAUCGCACGCCGGCUGGGAGAUGGGGCAAUCCUUCAGACCUCCGAGGGACAGCUAUAUUUCUGGCCAGCCCGGCGUCGGAUUUCGUCACUGGGACAAGUAUAGUUGUCGAUGGAGGGAUGAUGUUUCGAUGA